AUGGCGAAAACUCGCGUACUAUUAAUUGGCUCCGGCGGAAUCGGGACCGUCGCAGCACUUAAUCUGCAAACCGGUCAACAGGCAGAUGUGUCGGUCGUAUUGCGGAGCAACUACCCGGCUGUUCAGGCUACUGGGUUUCGCAUCGAUUCGUGUGAUCAUGGCAUCCUCGAGAACUGGAGGCCAGCUGCGGUCCUAAAUUCCGUACCGGAUACCAGCGCCGACCACACCACCCGUUUCGACUACAUCGUGUGUUGCACCAAGAACAUCGCCGAUAGCACACCCCGACUGUCGGAUAUCAUGAGCCCAGCCGUCACGCCAGGACACACCGUAAUCGUCCUCAUUCAAAAUGGACUCAACAUCGAACGCCCCGUGCAGGCCAGAUUCCCCAGCAAUAUCGUCCUCUCCGGCGUCAGUCGCACCGACGCCCACGAGAUCGCCAAGGGCGUCAUCCAGCACAAGCAGUCUGACAAUCUCAACAUCGGCGCCUUCCACCACCCAACGAUUCACCUCACCGAACUCACAGCCGCAGCGGAGCACUUCGUCCGGAUCUACUCCGCUGGGGGUAAAACCGUUUGUCGCCACGAGCCGAACGUGGGGCUGGAUCGGUGGACCAAGCUUGUCUAUAACGCUACGUUGAACCCGAUCUGUGCGCUCACUGGGCUUGAUACCGGUUCGCUACAGACGGAUGGGCGAAGCUUAGAUGCGCUCGUUGUUCCGGCUAUGAAAGAGGUGGUCGCUGUUGCCGCGGCUAAGGGGUAUCUUCUGCCGGAGGAUAUUAUACCUAGAACGAUCGCGAGUAAUCCGGUAGAAAAGAAGAUUUCGCCAAGUAUGCUGAUGGAUGUACGAAAGGGAAAUUUAAUUGAGCAUGAGAAUAUUCUAGGAGAGGUUUUCCGUGAGGCCGAAACAUUGGGUAUUGCGGCGCCAAUGCUGUCUAUGUUGUACCAUCUCUGUUGUGGGGUACAGCUACGCUUGAAGAAAGCGGAAUAGCUUGUGCGUGGUACAUUGGUGUCUUGAAAUGCUAGAGACUUGGAAUGCCCCGUUAUAAAUUAGGGAAUAGGUCUGGAAGGCCAGUGUCAGUGGUUUACAAGUGGAUAGAUGUAGUUGAGGGCGUGUCAUGUGUACUAGGACGUCGCACUUUCUGGACCAAGCAAUGAUAUACACA